UCGCGAGCUCUGGGUUGAGCCCGCCGCUGCCUAGGCUACGGCUCUCAGGUAGCCGCUUUUGCGGUCGGGCUACGGAGGCCGGGUGGCCGGGAAAGCAUUUAAGAAGCUCUUGGAGUAAUAUGAGUCAGAGUAAUGUCUGCAGGAAGUCCCUCAAGAUAGUUAGGAAAAAGAAGACUUUAUAGACUCUUCAUCAAGAUCUUCAUUUACGCAGCUGUUAAAUCCAAGGCUACAGUUGUGGUGAAACCAUGAAUAAAAAUACAUCUUCUGUAGUAUCAUCCAGUCUACUUGAAAAGGAUCCUGCCUUUCAGAUGAUUACAGUUACCAAGAAAACAGGCCUUGGUCUGAAGAUCCUAGGAGGAAUUAACCGGAAUGAAGGUCCAUUGGUAUACAUUCAGGAAAUCAUUCCUGGAGGAGACUGUUAUAAGGAUGGACGUUUGAAACCAGGAGAUCAACUUGUCUCAGUAAACAAGGAGUCCAUGAUUGGUGUAUCAUUUGAAGAAGCAAAAAGCAUAAUUACCAGAGCCAAGUUGAGGUCAGAAUCUUCUUGGGAGAUAGCAUUCAUAAGACAGAAAUCUGACAGCAGCCAUUUAGAAAAUCCAUCUUGUUCAUCCCUUUUACAAGCUACAGGAGAAUAUGGACCUCAAGCCUCAAAAUUUAGCCUUAUUUCUUCUCCUGAAACACUAAUUCCAAAGACCUCAUCCACUCCCAGAUCUACAGAUGCCAUUUUACCUUCUUUUAGGAGGAAUCAGAUAAAAACUGGAUACAAGAAAACAGAACAGAUUCCAAUUACUUCUUCAGACAACAGCCCUACAGAUAUGUCUAAUACAGAUAUUGCCCCUGCUUGGACUGAUAGUUAUGGGCCACAAGGAAAGAAGAUUUCCCUAAAUCCGUCUGUUCGCAUUAAGGUGGAGAAACUGGAAAUGGCUCUAAAUUAUCUUGGAAUUCAGCCCACAAAAGAACAACACCAAGCCCUGAGACAGCAAGUACAAGUAGACACAAAGGGGACGGUGUCUUUUGGAGAUUUUGUCCACGUUGCCAGAAACUUGUUUUGCUUGCAAUUGGAUGAAGCGAAUGUUGGUGCACAUGAAAUUUCCAGCAUAUUAAAUUCACAGAUUUCUCAGGAGACAGGUGAUUCCUUAGAAACAGAUGAAAUGGAAAAGCUUAAGCAUGAAAGAAAUAACGCCUUGGAACAAGUGAAGACACUUAAGGAAAAAUUGUUUGAAUCGGAAAGGCAGAGGAAGCAAUUGACAGAAGAACUCCAGAAUGUGAAACAAGAAGCCAAAGCUGUGGUCGAAGAAACAAGAGCCCUGCGAAGUCGGCUUCAUCUUGCCGAAGCUGCACAGAGACAGGCACAGGGAAUGGAAAUGGAUUACGAGGAAGUGAUCCGUCUGUUAGAGGCUGAGAUUACAGAGCUGAAGGCUCAGCUUGCUGAUUAUUCUGACCAAAAUAAAGAAAGUGUUCAGGAGUUAAGAAAGAGAAUCACAGUACUGGACUGCCAAUUGCGAAAAUCAGAAAUGGCGCGGAAAACUUUUGAGGCAUCCACUGAAAAGCUUCUCCAUUUUGUAGAGGCUAUUCAAGAUGUAUUUUCUGAUAAUUCUGCAUCUUUGUCAAAUUUAAGUGGAAGAAGAGCUCUGUUAGCUUCCCAGACGUCCCUCACGCCAUUGGGAAAGAAUGGACACAACAUCCCAGCAACACUGGCACUUGAGUCUAAGGAACUUGUUAAAUCUGUCCGUGCCAUACUUGAUAUGGAUUGUCUACCUUACGGGUGGGAGGAAGCUUACACAGCAGAUGGAAUCAAGUACUUCAUCAAUCACGUAACACAGACUACGUCCUGGAUGCACCCCGUGAUGAGCACACUGAACCUGUCCUGCUCAGAGGAGAAUGAAGAGGAUUGUUCCCGAGAACCUCCCGACCAGAGGAACUGAUGAUUUUCUGUGGGAAGCUGCGCUCCAUGGUCUUCCAGCAACUCCAUCUAUGUAGAUAACUCUGGGACACAACAUCUAAACGAGGAGUAAAACACACACUAGUUAGUGAAGUUGUGAAGUGAAGACUCUGGAUUUAAGCUGUUUUUGUAAAACCUUUGGGUAUAACUGUAUACAUUUGCAAAACUGAUUGCCACUAUAGUAGUUCUUUAAGAAUAAUCUAGUCCUAUUUUUUAAUCAUAUGUAAUUAGAUUUCAUAAUAUGUAUAACUUUUCAUAUGUAAUUAGAUCUUUGUAAUUUUACAUUUAGUUCUUUAUGGAAUACCAGACAGUGGUUUUUAUAAUUAAGACUUUGAAAAAUUAUGUGAACAUAGUGAAACACUUCAUUUAUUUGAUAAUUCACUAAUCUUUUAUAUGCAUAUCAUAGGAAGGUGAUUUAAGCAAGCUUUGGGGAGUUCUUAUGGAUCACAUUUAGACAACUAUCUCACAAGCCACUGGAUACAGCUUAUAUCUUGAUGAUGCUUUCUAAUUUACAAAAUGCUUUUCAGACCCUGUCUUAUGUAAAGCAUACAAUGUGCCUGUGAGGCAGCUCCAGUGGGUAUUUUAUAGUUAGGAAAAGAGCGUUCAGAGAAACGAAGCCCUUCUCCUGGAGCUGAAGCUCACACCAUUGUCUUCCAGCUCCACACCCAGGCCCCUUUGCCCCGCACUCCACUCCGCUGCCCCUGCAGAGGCAGGUCGCCCGACACACGGGGCCGUGGGGCUCUGUUGAUACAGCUGAGCUUCACCUGUGCACCCCAGGAGCCACAGAGACUCAGGGGACACGUCUGCAUUUAAACGUGGCUCCCAACCGGUCCACGCUUCUUUACAAGCCCUUCCCCCACACACUCAACUGGCAGAGGCAGGGCUUUGUGAUGCUGUUACAAAGGGCUUCUUUUCAACAGCUCACAGUUUUCUAAAGUAAAGUGACUGGCUCCCAUCAGGGAUUUGCCCAGCGUGGGUUAUGCUUGCUGGAAAGGGGGUUUGAGAGGGGCCAAUGAACAGAGAAUAGAAGGGCAUCCAGAAUCUGUGUCGAAAGAGACAUCCAUCGGCCUCCAGACUGAUUAUGCUUUUGAUCUUAUUUUCAUUUUAUUGUAAGGAGAGUUUCUGGAAGGAAUGAGCCAUUGACUUGCAGUGCUAAAGAUUUUCUCUCCGUUUAAUGAUUUAAAGCUGGAGCUGGGAAAUGAGGAUGGGGGAAGGAAUGGAGUUGGGAGGAAGUCAUUUUAAAUGCUCUGGGCAUUAAGUACCAACUGAAUAAUAAAAAGGGACUUAUCCUUACCCAACGUUGUUAAUAUUGUUAGGUGAUAUACUUAGGAGCAAAGUCAGCAAGAAUCAUUAAACAUCUUUUGGUGAAAAAGACUCAUUUUGCAAAUGAGUUCUUAUGUAGAAUCUCAAUACUUGUAAUGGAUUUUUUUUUUAAAUAUUACUGUCUUACUUAAAAGAUAGAGGCUUGGAGCUCAAUUAAAACAGCAAACCUAAAACUCCUUAGGAUAUAUACUGUCAGAAUUAUCGAUUAUAACCAUGUUGUAAAUGAGUAAACUGAGAUCUUAAGAGUUCACACAGUAAGUCAAACUUAGACCUAGACCCUGAGUCUCCAAGUCUGCUACCCUUCAUAUGGUAUGUUAUAUAGACCUAUGCUAUAAAUACAUGUGUACGUUAUACUCACACAUCCCUGAAUAUAUGUAGGGUUUAUAAUUCUGUCUUGAAUGAUAACAUAAGUCAAAUCCAGAGUGAUAGGUAGUCAUUAGCCCUGAGAAAAGUUUCAGAAGUGCUGCAGAAGACCUGAGUUUCCCCUGACAGCUCUUUGAAUAUUGGGAAGCUGCAGGGAGACACGUUUUGAGAGAAGGCCCUGAGGGAGCUCUUUCCUUACGUCCCCUAGAGAUGAGUGAGGUUCUCAAACACCCCAAGUUACUUUUAUACGUUAGUAUCUAUAAUCGUGAAAGUACAGAGUAUUUGUUGUUGCCGAAUUAAUGGUACAAAAUGUCCCUCCCCUUCCUGGGAGUGUUUUUCUAAUUAGUUUCUAGUGAGGAAAACACAGGAGACGCUCGAAUCACUUGGCAUCAAGGUUCUCAGGGCACAUUUCACUGGCGGAGGCCUCAUAUGUUGACUUUGCUGUUUGGUGGCACUUUCCUCACUGACUCCUAAUUGAACACCUCAUGGAAAAGGCCUGUAAAAAUUGUAAUAUCAGGGACUUCCCUGGCAAUCCAGUGGUUAAGACUCUGAGCUCCCACUGCAGAGGGCACAGGUUUGAUCCCUGGUCAGGGAACUAAGAUCCCACAUGGCACACAGGACACAGCCAAAAAAUAAAUAAUAUCUAAAAAUAAAUUUUAAAAAAUAAAAUUUAAUAUUACUUAUGGAGCUUAUUGUGCCAUAUGUUUGUGAUGGCAAUUUGCAUAUAUUAUUUCAUUAUCUUCUUAAAACAGCCCCAUGAGGUAGAAAUUAUCUAUGAUCAUCCCCAUUUUGUAAAGACGUUUACAGUUAGAGAGAAUUGCUAGUCUUUGCUUCAGGGUCCACACAGCACCCAAGAGUGGAAGCUGGGUCUCAAGGCAGGUUUCCCAGGGCUGUUCUGGUAAACCACUGCACCACUUAGAACCAUUGUAUGUGACACUGGAGGGCAGAGCUGGGAUCCACGGGUCAGUUUUACAAAGAAACAGAUUCCAGCUCCGUUCGAUAAGGAGCUUUCUGGUAGUUAGGAUGCAUCAGGACAGAAUUCCCCAGGAGAAAAUGGAAGCUAUGUCCCAGGAAGAGUUCCAUCAGUCUAACUCCUUAUUAUGAGACCAUUGCCGAGGAGGCUCAGGGUUCUCUGCCUGAACCACCUGAGCACUGUCUGAGAUCUCUUCCUCCGUAUGCCUCUGUGACGUCUAAACCAACAGAUAAAUGCCCCAAGAGACACUCAAAGAAACAUAUGGCAGGGACUCAUUAAGAAUCCUUAUUCAACACAGGAGGAGCCCCCCAGUUAAUUUGGAGUGAGUUGACAUUUAUAUAGUCCAUUUUCAAAUUCUUCUCCUUUGACCGACUGACUCAGAUUUUAGGAUUAAAAAAGCUCAACGUUCUUCUGUGCUUCCACCUCACUUUACUAAAGAGUGAGCUGGCUUAUUGACCAAGCACCACCACCAUGCAAAGCAGGGUACUAGGCACUGGGGUGCUGUAGGGCAAUGGCCAACCACUUCCUGGGGUCUACUUACUGCUGGUUAAAACGUGGAAAGCUUGUUGGGUAGUCAGAAUUGAAUAGCUUUUCUUUAAUUUUGAUUUUUAAAGUAAUCUAUUUCCAUUUUUAAAAAAUGAAGUAGUAGGGAUUUGAAUGAAGUUAAAAAAAUCUCACUUUCUCCAGGUAUCCAUCACUGAUACUUCGAUGGGUAUUUUUACUGAAAGGAAGUUAUACUGUUAAGUAUCUUUGAAUUAAUAUAUUGUAGUUAUUUUCACAGUGAUACACAGAUUAAUGUUAUAUUUCAAAUGUCUCUAUAAAAUAUCACUACCCAGAUAACUCCUAAUUUCUAUAGCCAACAAUCUAUUGAUGAACUCUUAGGUUAAUUUAAGUCGUAUUCUGAUACUGUACUGAUCUAGAUAAUAUAAUUGCUCUUAAUUUUAUCAUUUCAAGACAUUAGAGACAUCAGAGUUUAUUAAAAGGUCAUAUGUACUAUAAAAUACAAUCUACCAUGAACCACCCCCCCCUUUCCUCUGAGCCAGGCUAAAAAUUUCCUUUAUGCUCCAUUUUUUUAAAUUUUUUAAUUUUAUUGAAGUAUAGUCGAUUUUCCUUUAUGAUCCUUAUUGUCCUUGUGUUUGACUUUAUGCUAGUGUUUAUCAUGUUGUACAGGAUUUAUUUAUUGUUCUCAUUUGAUAGUUUGUGAGUUCUUGGGGGGGGGCUGUUUUUUAUUCUCCCUGUCCUUAGAAUUUAUGCAUGUGUUAUGUCCUCCAUGAUUCUUUUUUUCUCCAGUUUUAUUGAAAUCUAAUUGACAUACAAUACAUGUAAGUGUUUAAAAAAAGACUUUUGUUACUAACAAUGUCCCAGUGAACAUUCUCACGUUCAUUAAAUCCUUUUCUUCAUAUAUCUAUGCACUCUUGUGCCAGUAUGUCUGUAGUGAGAAUACAUCCUUAAAAGUAAAUCGCAGACUUCCAUGGUGGUCCAGUGGUUAGGAAUCUGCCAAUGCAGGGGACAGAAGUUCAAUCCCAGGUCCGAGAAGAUUCCGCAUGCCUCGGGGCCACUAAGCCCUCACACCGUCUUUAUUGCGCCCAUGCUCCCCAGCAAGAGAAACCACGGCAGUGAGAAGCCCCACACCACGGCGAAGUGUGGCCCCCACUUGCUGCAAUUAGAGAGACCACGUGCAGCAACAGAGACCCAGCACAGCCAAAAAUUAAAACCAAUUUUAAAAAGUAGAUCACUACAUCAAAGUUGUGUUCACUUUAAUUUUGAUAAAUAUUCACAAAUUUUCCUGUGUAAAAAUAGGACUGCCAGCACUAAUGUGUGAGAGCUUUUCUUCUAUGUGUUAGAGGACACUUUUUUUAGUCUAAAGAUUGCCAAUAACAUUUCUGAUCAUUUUUGUCCUUAGAAGAGUGAUCUUCUUUCCAUCAUUGUUUAAGGGCCUGAAUUUCUCCAUCGUCGGGUUUUAGCUGCCCCUUGGCAGCACAGGCUGACUCGCUUUAUGUGGGGGAGUCUAGCAGUGGCCAACUCACUGUGUGGCAAGCACAUCGUUACCGCCAUCUUUUUAUUUGCAAGUAUUGGCCUUUCCUACUUUACAUAUAAUGAUGGUGAGGACCAACUUUUAAAUGAGCUAACUUGGGUGAGAGGCCUUGGUAAAGUGCAAAGCACAAUACAAACGCACUUUGAGCCCUGGUUUCCCUGUCUGUGAGGGGAUAGUCAUCCUCUGACGGUCCGGAAACCAUUCAAAUCAGUAGCCACUUCCUGAGCACCUGCGAGACGCCAGACAAGACGCAAGGGCUUGAAGACCCCACACUGGAUAGUUCUGAUUCCCAAAUCAAGAAGCUCAUAGUCUGAAACCUUUUCCCUUUCCUUCCUUUUUUCUCAGAAACAUUUUACUUUUCCUUACAGGAGUAAGAACUUAGGGAUCUAGUUAGUAAGAACCCCUGAAGAGAGGCCCUUUAUCACUCUCUUAAAUUUGAAUGAUUCCAAAAUAAUAUUCCAAAAUAAUAACACCCCUUGACUAGAAAUAAAAGGAUCAUACUGUGUGAAGGGUCUCUCCAAUAAUAAAUGCUAAGCAGCUGUAAAAAUAAGGAGUCAAAUGAUACUUUCAUAAAGUGUUUGCAAAAUUAGAAAAUAUUAUCCUUUUUCUGGGGUAAAUGGACAUUUUAUUUUCUCUGCUAAGUAAAAUACAACUCUUUUAAAAGUGAACACACUUGAAUUUUACAAUAUACAGAACAAAAAGAACUAAACUAACACAAAAACAACUUACAUAGUAUGUAAAUUUUGAAAGGAUGAAAAGAACUUUGAAUAGAAUACACCCAUGAAAAUUAACUUUAAACAUAAAAUCCCAAGAUGUUUUAACCACAGCUAACCACAUAUAAUAUCAUUGGACCUACAUGAUGAUUAUGUAAAUAUUAAAUGCAAUUCUGUAUUUGCUUUCUUCAUGUGACUUCUUACAUUUAACUAAUACUUCUUUUGUUAAUUUUGUUUGAAUUUCACUCUCAGUGUACAGGGGUGGUCUGAGGGACAGUGCAAUCAGAUUAAUAGCUCUGACCCCUCCUCAUUCCUGUUCCCCCAUCACCAAAAUAUUCUCUGUCAUUUUACCCUGUUUAUUUCUUUUAUAUUAUUUAUCAAUUUGUAAUGAUAUAUUUGUUUAUUAUCUUUCUUAAUAAAGAGAAUAAGAAUGA